CGAAAGCCAUAUCAGUAGUUGAAUCGCAACACUUACAAAAUGUUCUCCAAAAUCCUCGCUUUGAGCGCCGUACUGGCGGUGUCAGCGGCAGGUCUCCUGCCCCAGGCCCACUACUCUUCAGCUGCGGCCGUGUCCUCCCAAAGUAUCGUGCGCCACGACCAGCCGCAGGCCAUCCACGCCGCUCCCGUCUCCAUCCACGCCGCUCCCGUAGCCAUCCACGCCGCUCCCCUUGCCUACCAAGCCGCUCCCAUCUCCACCUACGCAGCCCCUGCCCGUAUCUCUGCCGGACAUGCCGUGUCCUCUCAGACCAUCCUGCGUCACGAGCAGCCGCGUGCCGCGUACGGCAUCGCUCCCCUAGCGUACGCCGCCGCACCCGCACACUACGCCGCGCCCCUCAUCAGCCACGCCGCCCCCGCCGCUAGGCUUAUCGCUGCGCACCAAGAUGAAUACGCUCACCCCAGAUACGACUUCUCGUACUCCGUGGCUGACGGACACACUGGCGACAACAAGUCGCAACAGGAGAGCCGCGACGGCGACGCCGUGCAUGGCCAGUACUCGCUGUUGGAGGCCGACGGUUCCGUGCGCACCGUGCAGUACAGCGCCGACGACCACAGUGGCUUCAACGCAGUUGUCACCAACUCUGCGCCCGCGCACCACGCCGCUCCCUCAUACGCUCCUCAACACAUAAUCGCACAUCAUUGAUUUGACCAAAAAUCCUUUAGGAAUCUUAGCACUGUCAUUAUUUAUUGCAAUAAACAUUAAAA